AAGAGUACGGGACUGGGGCCACGGAUCAUACGAUUGUGCGAUAUUAAAAUUGGGAUUUUUAUGAUAUGACUGAAUGCUCCUCAGUUACAUAACGUGAAUAUCGACAAUCUAUCACGCGUCAAUCGGAUGGAAAGAUGCACACAUUUUGUAACUAGUGGAACUGGGAGGAGUGCAAUGCAUACCCGAACAUUGAAAACGGUUUGAGAAAAUCUGCCUUUUCUCAGGAGGAGAAGUUUAACUUAAAAAUAAAAAACGACUUGGUUCUUCUGGAUGCCCUCCCGUGACUGGGGAGUAAAUCCCAUCAAAAUGCCGUUUGGCUUGCGUCUGAAGAAAACCCGGCGGUACAAUGUGACGGGCAAGAACUCCUUUGUCAUAAGGAUAGAGCUCUUGGAUAACACGCUCCUGGAAUUAACGCUGACAUCGGAGAGCCUGGGACAAGAUUGCUUGGAUACCAUUGCGCAGAGACUGCAGCUUGAAGAGACCAUGUACUUUGGGCUCCAGUACAUCAACAAGGGCUACAAGCUGCGCUGGGUGGACCUGGAGAAACCUCUCAAGAAGCAGCUGGAGAAGAACUCCCAGGACCCUGUCCUGAGAUUCUGUGUGAUGCUGUUCGCUGCCAAUGUCCAGCAACUCCAUCAGGAAAUCACAAGAUACCUGUAUUUUUUGCAACUCAAAGCUGAUAUUAUUGAGGGGAUAUUGCCAUGUAGCCCAGAGCAAGCUGUGCUGUUGGCCAGCUAUGCUGUGCAAGCUGAGUUUGGAGACUAUGACCAACAGAGACAUACAGUUGAAUAUCUUCAAGACUUUGUGCUUCUCCCAAAGAAUCUGACCUCCGACCCCGAGAUCCUGUCAGAACUGAUCCAAGAAGUGAUCAACGCCUACACCAAUCACGGUGGGCUGUCGCCCGACGUUGCCGAGCUGGCCUACAUCACCGAGACCUCACAACUCGAAGGUUACGGCCAGGAGAGCUACCCAGCGAAGGAUGAGACGGGUCAUGAGCUGCUUCUCGGUGCCUCCUCCCUGGGCGUCUUUGUCAAACAUCUCAACGGGCAGCCCACAGUCACAUUCAAGUGGAGCGACAUUGUCAACAUGGGCCACAACAAGCGCUUGUUUGGCAUUGAGACGGCGCACAACGAGGAGACGGUACAGUUUCAAAUGGAGGAUGCGGAGACGGCCAAGUAUGUCUGGAGGAUGUGCAAGACGCAACAGCAGUUCUACAAGAUAUGUCUGGCCAACACCAAGCCGGCUUCUCUUGAAGUUUCCCUGGACGGCAUCUCCGGGUUUGACAACAAGAGAAAGUUGAUCAGCAACAGCUCGUACCGUGGCGGCUCCAUAGAGAGAAGACCUACCCUGAAGCGGCACUCAGAACUGAACGAGCAGAGCAAUGUUAACAUGAAGGAGGUUUCAUCCGAUGAGUCCAUUCAUCAGACGAUAGCACCUGACGGUCCAGCCUUCAGCCAGUCUCAACUCAGUCUUGACCACCAGUGGGCUCAGGAUAACUACGGUCAGUUCACCAUGUCCCAGCUCAGCCUGGAGAGGCCUGCCACAGCCGACCACCAUGCCUACGCCAACGGCAACCUCCGAGUGACCAAUCACAACGGCAGUGUCUACAGUGUCAACUCGGCCAACCACGUCAUCCCCAUGCAGGUCUCCCCGACGUCUUCCAACCUCAGCCUGACGGGAAACGAACUCCUCAAGGCCCAGCUGCAGGCGGCCUUGCCCGCCUACCGGCCCAGCCCGGAUUACAACCCCAACGUCCACGGACAGCGGAUCAUCAUGCUGAACCACGACCAGAGCUCCAGCAUGGGCAAUCUCGGGGCCAGUGGGGCCUACAGUCACAUGGACGGUCUUUUGUACCAACAGCCUGAGCUCCGCCAACGGAGCCACACUCACAACAAUCAGUACAGGCACCAAUAUCGGCUCAGCUACGGUGGCCUGCCGAGCCAUCACCCAGGACACUUUUUGGAAACGGCACCCCUCCACCACAUGAUGUACGGGUCAGGAAGCCACGCGGCCAUCAUCCACACGUAUAGUGUGCCUGAACUUACCUCCCACCUCCAAACCACGGAAGAGUACAUAGCUGCCAAGCUGCUUAAGAACAAGUUCAGACCUCCGCCGCCAUACCCACGGGGCAGCACAAGUACGCCGGACCUGGCCCGGCAGAACUGGCAGAACUAUCAAGUCAGUAGCAGCAGCCCUGACCUGGUCAGCAGAAGAUUGCAACACAUGCUCAUCCAUCCUGUGCAUGAGGUGAAUCAUGGUGUCAGCUCCAUGGAGUCCAACAUGAGCACCUCCAGCGGCAACAUCGCUCAAUCCCUGCCCAUGGAAGCCUUCCAGAAUCUCCAUGUCAGCCCUGACCCGAGUAGGCCGCAGGAUUUUAGUAGGCCGCAGGAUUUUGGUGCGCAAAACAUGAACAUGUUCAUGAGUCAGCAAGCAUUCCCUUCUUCCCCUCAACAUGGUGCUGCCGGAAACCUGGUCAUGCAUAACUCUGGGAGCACAAGCCCCACCGAGGUCCCCAUCUUACAAGCCCCAGCUGGUUACGAAGACUCAGGCGCUGUCUUCUUGCCAGAUAGAACAUUCCCAAUGGACUCCCAAGUGCAGAGUCCAAAACUCACAAAGGACUACCACAUUCCAUUGGUGCGUCCCCCAAGUGAGUUUGCCGAUACCAGCGACAUGGAUUCCAAUAUAUCACCCAAUAGCGUUGGCAGCCCCCCUCAUCAAUUCAAACUGCCAGGUCACAACCAGGAAAUAUUUAUCAGUACUCAAACCACCGUGCCUGAAAACUCAGUCGCAACCUAUGCAUCAGACUUUGCCCCAGUUGAGCGCAGGCGACCAAACUCCAUAAGCACCCAGACGGCGCAAAACAGGGACAGUGGGCUACAGCAAAGCCCUGGGUCGCUGAGCCCUGAAAUGCAGGAACUCAACCCCGGCCAGUUUGCAAUGCUGCACAUUGACAAGGCGAACUUGGUGGAUCCGUCCAGGUCCCAGCUCAGCCAGCGUGACUCUGGCAUCGUUGAGACUGCCUUGGUUGGUCCCCCGCCUUCCUCUCCCGUUCACAGCCCUUCCAAACCUUCCCGGUCAACUAAAGCAUCUCGGAUUGUAAAUGCCAGUCCAGAUCAGGCUGGGCCGAUGACCAGCGGUUAUAGUACAUCUCAGGAGUCGGAGCCAGAAGAGGCUGCCCAGGGUGCCGACGGUACGGAGAAAGACAAGAAUGGCUACAUGGGGCCGUUGAAGCUGGCAGCCAUGAGCGGUCUAACGCUAGUCAGGCCUGGAGACAAAGACGACGAGGAUGAUGAUAAUCCCAAACACCCAAGAGAUGCCAGAAGGAAGAUACUGGAGGAACACCUCAGAGAUGGUCAAGUAUUCACAGAGUAUGAUCUCAUUCCCAAGAGAAGACCCAACGCCAUCUUUUACACAGCCCAACUACCUGAUAACGGACACCGGAACCGAUUCAAAGAUGUGCUUCCAUACGAGGACAAGAGGAUAGAGCUAGCCCCCAUGCACGACAACAGCACGGGCUACAUCAACGCGUCCAACAUCAAGAUCCCCAUAGCCAGGGAGAGCUGCCAGUAUGUGGCCACCCAGGGCCCGCUGCCGAGCACCGUCAAGGACUGGUGGCGCAUGGUCUGGGAGAAGCGGAUACACGUCAUUGCGAUGCUGACCAAGUUAGAGGAGGGAGGCAAGGAGAAAUGCUUCAAGUACUGGCCGGACUGCAGCUCCUCCAAAAACACGGUGGAAUUUGGACCGUUCCGUAUCAUAGGCCAGUUCAGCAACGACUCCGGCUGUUACGUAACCAGCGGGCUGACGGUGCGUCACGUUCCCUCGGGGGAGCAGCGGACGGUCUGGCACCUCCAGUACACGGACUGGCCCAACCAGGGGUGCCCUGAUGAUGUCCAUGGGUAUCUGGCUUUCAUUGAGGAGUUCCAAUCGGUUUGCCGUCACGCCAACAGCAUCAGUGACAAGCCCUCACCACCGUUAGUCCACUGCAGUGCGGGGGUCGGGAGGACCGGGGUCCUGAUACUCACGGAUCUCAUGCUGAACAGCUUGGAGCACAACGAGGAGAUAAACGUUCCCAGGAUGUUGGAGCGUCUGCGGAACCAGCGCAUGCUGAUGGUGCAGACGGUCGGCCAGUACAUCUUUGUCUAUCGCUCGCUCAUUCAAUCCCUCAGGAACACCAGGCUCAUAUAGGACCGAGCCAAGGAACGUAGAGAACUCCGUAGGGGAAGUUGAAAGCCUUAUCUUCAAUAAGGACCAUCGUAACCUGAGCCCUGCAUAGUGGCAUCAUGUCGUCAGCUUGGCCUUUAAUGGUCCACACUUCCACGAAAAUGAGUAUGAGUGCUUUGACACCGCUAUGAGUACGUUGCCAUGAGUGCGAGCACCUGUCCUUUACUCAACGAAUCUCCAUUAGUUCUUAAUUGGGUUCAGGUACCAGAUUUUGGUAUAAGGCAUUUUAUUUGAUGAGUACGAGUACAUUCCUGUCAUUACAAAGCUGAGUUCUUUGCCAUCAGACAUUGAGUAUAUGAACAAGUAAAGGGAAUUCUUUUGUGGUUUGAGAGUGCAGGUACGAGUACGUUUUCAUUGGUAUAAGUACCAACACUAAAAUUGUGCACCAAGACGGGCUGUAUGUAUGUGUAUUAUAACACUGCCCCCAUGAUAAACAAUGUGGCACCUUCAUUCCAGUCCUGUGUAUGAGUCUUUGUGGGUGAAAUGAAUACCGCAAGAGGUAGCCUCUUUCAGGAUGUACAUUCUUUAACCCUCCUAAUGUUUAAACAGUCACAGACAGUCAAAAUGUCCAUCCACUUCCCCUGCUAUACUCUUAACACAGGCUAGUCACCAGCAGUCAGAUCAUAUGUCAAGCAAGCACUGUGACCAGUCAAAUUCAGUCACCAGAACAAGAACACACAAUGCAAUGUGAGCACAGCUGGCUUAUCAAUCACCCACAGUCAAAGCGAAGCUGUAUAAAGUUACAUGAACAGUCACAGCCAGUCAAUCUUGCUGUAUGUACCGGUAGGCUGGGAGCUCGUAACUGUUGAAAACAGUCACUUGAUUGAUUUUGACUGAAAGGACAACUUGGCACAGAGUGUAUGUUUGCAUAGGAGGGUUAAGUGCAUGUUACGCCCCAACUAUAGUUAUGGCCGUAGUUGGAGCAGUCCAAACUAUAGUUUGGAUGAUCCCAUCUACAGUUGGGAUGCUGCUAUAAUUGGGACGUAACAUCCCUACAAGAACUCUACACCAAACAUGUACGCAUAGAACACACUGUAAGAUGCACAUUCAGCACUGUGGCUACUUUACACCUUAAAGGGAAGAUACAACAUUUGCAAACAUCAAAAAACGAAAU